UUUUACUGCUGGAAAACCAGUAGCGGUGGCUGCCAUCAUAAGCAUUAGCCCCAAUCGGCUGUAUUGAGUGUAAGGAUCGGCAAAGCAGAAUUAACAAUGGCAGAAUCGAAUACACCCGGAAAUAAUGUAUUCAACCUUGGGGAUCUGAAAACAAAAGAAUUGAUUGCUGGCAGUGGGAACCAUAUUACGCUCAAAAACACUGAGCAAAAACCAGCUCUUCCGAAAGUGGAUCUCUCACAAGUAAAACCUUCAAAGUCAAGCCACACCUUCAAUACAAAUAAUGUAGAAGCUGAUAAAAUAAUACUGGGAGCUGGAAACACAGUUGAAGUUGAGUUCAAAUCUUCCAAAACAGUUGGAAAUGAAGGUCAACAACAAAGGCAACGAGACUGGGAGAACGACCUCCAAGAAUAGAAGAUGGUCGAGCAUGUGUGGAGUCAUGUGUACAUAAUCGGAUAAACUAUUCCAUCGAAAACUUCUUACUGAUUUAUUGAACACGGAGUAAACCUACGGAUCGUUUUUUUUAAUAUGUUGUUGUUGUUCUUGGAAUUUUCCCCCAAUCGCCUUUCUUUUUGAUUACUGGGCCAAUUGCUUUGAAAUUUUCAGUGGUGAAAGAUUGUAUUUUCUCGCUUUAUUCAUUUCCAAUAUUUCUGUGAGCUCUAUGGGAUUUGUUUUGUGUGUUAUGACGUGACUCGGGUCACCUGGUAUUUCAAUUCACGUUGAAACCGAAUCACGAAGAAUAGAUCAUCGUCACAGGACAUGGGAAAAAUACUGUGACGGUCCCUGUACGGUUACCCUGAUUCAGGUACUGGUGAUUUACCGCAUAUAUAUGUUUUUCGGGGAAUUGAUGAUAAAAUAUUUCGUUUUGCCCUCCGUGUCCACAUAUUGGAGCAUAGCUCUCUUGUUGUUACUAAAUGAUAAAUAAAAGUUCUCAUGCUAUUGUGAUUUAUAUAUUCUUAAGACUAAAGACCAAAUUUUUAUUAUUGAUAAGCUGAAUUUCAGUGAAAUUGCCAAUCGUUAAUUAAAUUAAUUUGUACAUUUUUUACAGUGCAAAAGUUAAAUAAUUACUUCUUUUGGAUACGAAUUACGACAAAUUUUUUUCAUGAAAUUUAUUCAAAAAUUAAU